UCUGGUCAGUGGUUAAAUGCUACAAUUUGAAUCUUUAACUAACAAAAUCAAAUCUAAUAACUAGCGUAAUUACAGUAUUUUAAGGAAGUAUUUUUCAUAUAAGGCUCAGCCACACUUUGGAUAGAGAUUGGCGCUCGUGUGAUUUUUGCCAUUCUUAUUCAGCGAGUCGUAUCUGUGAGAUGCGUGACAUUCGAAGUUCGAACAUUGCGGCUGCCAGACCGCGCGAGUCACUGUUAAGUACUAAUUGCAGCGGUCACAUUUACAGAGAUUCGUGAUGAGUUAGCAUUGUAAUCGAUGUUAGUUGCUCAGCUCUCAGAGUUAAAUGCUGCAUCUCUAAUAAAAGCAUUAACAAUUUUCAAUGUCGCUCGCUUAUUUACGAAAUUGGCAAACAGCCAGAAAAAUAGAUAAAUUAUUAGUUGGAUGUUGGUAUAUAAGGCAAUCAGAUGUACACGGUCAAGUCGGAAAUCUACAGCGAGACAAACUACCAGCCAGAGCACGAUGCUGAAGGCAACAUUGUAUCAAAAUUUCGUUUUCGCUAUCCUGACGAGCAGCUACCUAACGGUAAAGCUAAAGUAGAUAAUGAUGGUGAUCUGGAGGUGCAGCGUCCAAAGCGCGGCAUCAUAGAAAUCGAACAUUCCGAUGCAACGGAACUUAAGCUAGUUGGUCUCCAAGUUUGGCGUGGAGCGCUGCUCCUGGCAGAUUUUGUCUUUCAUCAAAGGGAAGCAUGGAGCUCCAAGACAAUCCUGGAGCUGGGCGCUGGAGUUGGUUUGACCAGCAUUACAGCAGCUAUGAUGAACAAAGGUCAAGUCUAUUGUACCGACGUGAAUCUCGGCUGCAUUCUCGAGCUGAUGCGCAAGAAUAUCCAACGAAAUAGGCAGCUGCUGCAAGGCCACAUCUCUGUGCUGGAAUAUGACUUCCUUGCUCCAAGAUCUCAGCUCAGCAAAGAACUGAUUGCCGCCAUCGAUGAUAGUGAUAUAAUCUUGGCAGCGGAUGUCGUCUAUGAUGAUACGCUCACCGACGCCUUCGUCGCAGUCAUGGAGCACAUACUGGAGCGUGGAGAGAAGACUGGCAGAGCUAAGUGCAUCUACAUGGCCAUGGAGAAGCGUUAUGUGUUCACCCUGGAGGAUUGUGAUUCUGUGGCGCCCAUGUAUGAGCAUUUCCUAAGGCAAAUACUGAAGAAGCCUUGGCGCAUGGAGGAGUUGCCUUUGGAUUUUCCACAAUAUUUUGAAUAUGAGCGAUGCCCGCAGCUGGUGCUGAUGCGCAUUAGCAGACGUUGACGCCUCUACUGUACAGUAAUCUACCUAAAUGUGAACACACUUGUGUUUAUAAAUAAAACAGUUUGUUAGAUUUUA